AGAAGUUUGUUUAUGAUCAGAGACAUGAACAUAAAUCAGCUGACAUGAACAAUUAUAACAUUACAUGUGGAGAUAUAAAAUAUAUAAUUCUUGAACAUGCUGCAUUUUAUGCUUGGUUGGCAUCUUCUGAAGUAAUCAUUGGUGUUUUAACCAUCAUAUUCAAUGCUGUAUAUUUAAUAUCAAUGUAUAAAUAUUCAACCAAACUAUCUGUUGCAGAUACACUGUACAUUAUGUUAUCUGUUAGUGAUCUACUCACUGGAUCAUUAUUCGUGUUACCUUUAACAGGAGUUCAAAUAUUUGCAGCAUAUGGACAAGCUAGUUGUUUCUUGAAUGAUUUUGCUGUUAUCAAUGGCAGCAUGUUGGGGGCAAUGUCAGGAAUAAUUAUUUGUUUUAUCACAGUUGACUUGUUCUUGUCGCUACAUUAUCCUUUUAUCUACGAGAAUUGGUUCACAUCCAAGCGAGCUGUGUUUAUCAUUUUAGCAAUUUUUAUAACUUUGGCUUCCACAACAAUUACAACAAGAAGGACAAGCCUAAAGGCACAUCGAAUAUUUGAAUUGUUUAUGUCAGCAAAUGUCGGUGUUCUUUGCAUUUUAAUGUUCCUAAUGCAUUAUGCAAUUCAUCAAGAACUUCAAAGACUAUAUACAAGAGAACGCAAGCUUAAUAUAACACCAUCAGAAAAUGUUAAAUAUCAAAAAAAAGGGAAAAAGUUGGGGUUAAAAAUGCUUAUAACCCUCUUAGUAUGUUACAUCCCAAUCGCUACAUAUUUUGUAACAGUCUUAUUUGCAGAUAAAAGCCAACAUUACAUAUAUUAUAUGGAAGACUUAUCUUAUCUAAUAUUUUGUUUGAAUCCACUGCUGGAUCCAUUCAUUUACUAUUUCAGAUUGAAGAGAAUCAGAUCUAGGAUACGUCGUCUGUUUUCAAGAAAUGUCAAAACGGAAGCAUGGAUAAACCAUAGCCUGACUCAAGUAAAUACACGUUGAUACCAAUUUAAAGCAUCACCUCUAUAAGACAUGCAGUUUCUUUGCCGCCGACAAAUUCUCAUAGAACAUUUCAAAUAACUUUUUUCUGGUCUCACCUGAACAUUUUGGCUAAAAUCAAGACUGCUUUAGAAGUUAUUAUUUUUACUUAUUCACUGCCAUUAGACUAUUAAUAUACAAAACUGUAUGAUUUAAAGAAUGGUAGUUUUUUAGGUUUCUACUUUAUGCAUUAUUGUCUCUAGACCUAAUAACUGAUAGUCUUGCUUCUAAACCAUGAGAACAGCUAUGGCGAUGUUAAAUUUGAACAUUUUUGGAUCAAACCUCUUUAAGACUGUGAAAAAAAGCAAGAAUUCGUUUAUUUGAAGCAUAUAAACCGAAAAGGAGAUUUUAAAAAUUAAGCUGCAAAGCUAUCCUUUUAUAGUAGUACCUUACAUUACAAUAGAUUUCAGACAUUUAUUUAUUUGCACGUCUGCGUUAUUAUUCGCGCACCAAACAAUUGUAUGACAUCGUUAAUGUAUAUAAAACACGACAAACCUUUACUUUAAACCCCGAUAUUUCGUUAACUAGUCAGCUAAACGCGUGUCUUAUUAAUAAUAACCGUAUUCUGCUCAAAAUGGUUGCGCCGCAUUUUUAUUUCGAAGAAUUCCUACAGAACCCGCAGGACCCGGUUUUUUUGCCGUUAGCGCGUCGUUGACCAUUCACGAAGACCGGUUUUUAUUAUAGCCAAUCGGCAUGUUUAUCGCGGCUCCUGCAUGCUGACGAAGAAAUAUGAAACAAUCUGGGCCAGUGUUCAUUUGGGACGUUGUGGUGUUGACUUGUGUUGAAGUGGCGGAGUCGAUAUUAGAUAAACAACUGAAGUUAAUAGAAGAUUUGGAGUGAGUUGUAAAGCACCAUAUUUCGACAUGUAUUGGGGAUGUACCAGAUUUGGAUGCAAGAGUUAGGAAGAAAAAGCUGGACAGAAUCCCACAGACACUAACUACUAAAUCCUCACUUAGCAAAGUUUCCUACAGUCUAUUUGUUGAUGUUUAAGGUAAGAAAUUUUAUUUGUUUACUUGUGUAUUUUUUAAUUUAGUUACUAGCUGCCUAGCUACUCACAUGAUAAGUUCAAAUACCAGCAAUUAAAAUUUUCAGCAGAAUUUUAAUAAACAGUGUGUUUUGUUUAUAUUUGAACUUUUAUCCUCAAUAAAUACAUCUAAUCUAUAAUAUAUAUAAACUUAGUUAUUAUAGUUUAUUUGUUUGUUUUAUUUUUUCAUUUUUUCAUUUUAACAU